AUGAGAAGGCCAAGCCAGAGAAGCGAGGAGUCCAUUCAGAGCUUGACGGUUCCAGACGAGUGGCCUGACAGUGAUGCAAGAGAGGCUUGCAGCGUCGGCAGCUCCAUGACGAUCCCCAACCUUGACAUGGCACAAAGUCCUGGAGGAAGCAUAGGAUCCGUGCACGAGGUCAUGCUCGAGAUGGAUGAGAUGUUGCCACGCGUGGUAGAACAAGUUACCCGGAUGGAUGUGGUAAACCCGGAGGUCUUGAGGGUGACGCCAGUGUUUCGUGCUUUGGAGCAUUUUGCUGUAGCUUUGCGGUUUGGAUCUGACGAAGACUUCUACCACAAGAGCCGUAAAAGUACAAAGAUAUCGACGUUUUGGAGUCACUCUUGGCACGGAGGGCAGUGGAAGAAAAUUCUCACGCUUGUGAUCCUCUACAACGGCACUGCCGCAGUUUCCUUGGCUUUUCUCACCGGCAUGUUGAUGAUGGUGCUUUUCAGCUUUGGGACUCUGCCUGGAAUUAAUCGUGGAUGGUGGGUUGCCAAUUGGGAGUGGUCUUGUUGGUCGACUGCUUCAGGGUUUGGCGUAGCAAGUUUGGUGCUGACUUGUUGGCGAUCGCAGACGAGGGUCUUCCUAGAUCGCAUUUGUAUCAGCCAAAACGACGAUCGCCUGAAGACCGACGCCAUCCUAAGCUUGGCUGGGCUCUUGAAGAACUCCGACACAAUGCUGAUUCUCUGGGACCCGACAUGGACUGAGAGGUUGUGGUGCUUGUUUGAGCUUGCGGCCUUCCUAAAAAGCAAAACGACGCAAAAGCAGCACCUUGUUGUGAGACCCAUCUUCUUCGGGCCUCUUUCCAUCGGAAUUUACAUUACUGUUUUUGCCCUGGCAUUGCCGAUCUCGACAGUACCUAUCCGCAACGAAAGAACCAUCGUGGAGCUGCUGUGUGCCAUGGUGUUGUCGUCUUUGGCAGUUGCCUACCCGACUGCCCGCACUGUCCGAAGCUACUUCAGAGAUCUGGACACCAUGAAGCUGCAGUUGUUGUCGAUCUCUGUUGACUCUACACGGAGUGCAUGCUGCGAUCAGGACCAUGUGAGCCCUUCAGGCGGAAGUAUUCUCUGUGACCGUAAGAUCGUGAAAGAAUGCGUGAAGAUUUGGUUUGGCAGCGAGAUGUCCUUUGAGAACACGGUGCGCACCGAGGUUUUGGACCUUUUGAACCGUGACCUCACCGAGAAAGUCUUCAGCACUCCAUGGGCUUUGGGAGUGACUUCUCCAAUAUUUCUGGCUUUCAUGGACGUCUCUGCCAGCAUGGCUGUAGAACCAGACGAUCAGCAGCCCGCUCUUGCUCUUUUUCUGGAAGGUCUAGUGAUCUGGUUGUGUUAUGUUCCAGCUGCCAAGGAUGUCAUGAUACUAUUGGUCAGGCUUGGUCGGAAGAGACCGAGGAGCACCUGUCUUGAGAUUCUCAAGAACGCUGUGGUGGUGGCAGCUGCGGCUAGCCCUGUCUUUGUAGUGCUCGUAACUUACGGCUCCACUCGAUUUGUCGAACCCAUUGCACUCCCGCGCGCAGGGAUUUUUGUAUGCUGCGCACUGCUUCUUGGAGCGUGCAACCUCCUCUUAGGCCUUGGUCUGAAGGCAUUGCUACGGCGGCCUGGGUGGUAA